GCGUCGGUGGGCGUGGCGCGGGUCUCCUCGGGCACCUUGUCCCGUCUUCUGCUUCUUUGCGGCCUAGUCGGCGCUCGAGUGCGCGACCCUCGCCGGCAGCCGGGUCACGAUGGGCGGCGGAGGCAGCGCCCCGCGGAGGGUCACCUUCGAGGCGGACGAGAAUGACAACAUCACGGUGGUGAAGGGCGUCCGGCUGUCUGAAAAUGUCAUAGAGCGUAUGAAGGACCCUUCUUCAGCAAGUGGGAGGUCUCAGAAAUCGGGCUCUGGUGGUCAUGGCUUGGUUGGAGGCACUUCAGUGAAUGAGGAAGACCUGAAGAAAAGAAUAGCUGAAGAAUUGGCAUUAGAACAAGCCAGGAGAGAUGCUGAAGCCCAUAAAAGAUUGAAGCAGAAUCAAAUGCAUGUACGAGAUGAAAUCAGCAAAGUUCUUGAGCGAGAGCGGGCUGCCUCAAACGAACACUUGUCCAGAGCCAUCCUUAGAGAGAGAGCUGCGACCGAAGAUGAGCGCCUCAAGGCACAGCUCUUGGAGAUGGAAAUUAAGGCUAAGCAGCUGGAAGAGAAAGACAGAGAGCUGAAGAAGCAUGAUGCUUACUACAAAGAGCAGCUGGCUCGACUGGAAGAGAGGAGUUCGCAGUUCUAUAAAGUCACCACGGAGCAAUACCAAAAAGCCGUUGAGGAAGUAGAUGCCAGAUUCAAAGCCUGGCUGGCAGAGGAGGAUAGAAGCCCCUUCGCGUCAAGUGUCCACCCAUCAACUCCAGUUCCAGCAGCAGAACGGGGCGUUUUAUUCGAGAGCCAUCCAGCAGCCCAUUUGCAGGGCAGGUGGGAGAGAGAGAAAGAGGAGAAUCUAGAAGGGCCAAAUCAAGACCGUAGGAUGCGGCAGCUCAAUCAGCGUGGCCAAGACCCGAAUCUCAUUAUGCUAGAUAUCACACAUCGGAGGGCAGCUUGUGAAACCCACUUGCCGGUGAUUGCAGGAAGGCAAGGCAGAAACGCUCCCCUGACCUUAGGAGGAGGUGGAAUAUUUCAUCCCAACACUGCCGUUUUCUCUGCAGACCCUGCUUUUGCUGCCAGCCCUUCCCUGGGCCUGUGUUGGCCGCCUCCUGCUGCGUCCCUCAAAGAAUUGUGUUUUUCCUUUGCAUAAUCAUGAGAAUGUUGGUUUAAUUUAUUGCCAAAAUUAUGUCACUGGGAGGGUCAUCUGUCUUCCCCCCUCUGCUGGAAUCAUGUUUCUAAAACCUCCAUUGCAUGGGAGUUCAUUGAUUGCAAAUUAUAAUUGUAAUAAGGCAUUUGAUUACACGGUAACCGUAGCUUGUGAUUGUGCUGUGCUGUCACCAAGUACUGACAAUUAUGUUCUCUCGGCAUCGAUAAUAAAACGCGCUUCGUGAAACGGA